UUUACCGAAAGAACCAAGAAGAUGAACCCUGCAGUCAAGAAAGCUUUAAGGCAAUAACUGCUUUGGACCAAUUCCCUGUGGUGGAAGCGGGAAGGGCCGUGCGCGAAGCACGCACGUGCCGCAGCGCAGCGCAGAGACAAGGGCACUGCGAGAUGCAGCAGUGGCACGUUCAGUCUGCCCCUUGCUCUCCCUGGCUCGCGGGUUACUCGUGUUUCCCCGCAUUGGUUCGACGUAAUGUUGGCCGCUUUGGUGGCGGGGUCAUGCUCCCGACUAUGCCUGAACUACCUUGCCUGGCCUCUGGCUCUUGAUUUGCCGACAGGGCACGUGUAAUGACGAGCACACAUCGGGGCGGGGUAGUGCGAGUUCGAUAUCUUAUUCCAUGUUGCCUACCAAGUGAAACUGUCUCUCUGCUCGAAUAAGCAUUGGGGCGGCCCAGAGACUGCGGUGGAAAAUCCGCAUUCCCUUGACAGAGAACAGCAUCUCCAUGAUGUGACUACUGGUGACUUCCAAUAAAGUGGUACCCGUUUUAUCGACCAUAGAGGAAUGGUGAGCUGAGUUGACCAAGGAUUGGGAUUUGAACUCAUGACCAAUCUGUGCAGUGGCAAUGCGAUCUGUUCGCAUGCAGUCGUCAAUUUGGCGAUCAUCUCUCCAAGGUCAAUAAAACAAAUACCUCUGUAUGGGAUGUCGGCAGUGUUAUCUAAUGGGACAGACUGCAUGGGAAUGAGGAAUAUCCACCACUGGUCUGAAGGCAGCCAAACAAGAAAAGCGCCGUCCAGGAGUUUGUUUAAGGAUAGGGGAAGGCACGUGGACUUGUUUGAGGAAUGCUGCAUAAACUCCCAGAAUGCUCGCUUUAAAAUCCGACUCCGCCGCCUCGCUCCCGUGUGUGCCUGUCAGCAGCCGGGCACGCCGGCACAGAAACCUCUUUUGUGUUAUGAUUUAUUCUUAUUUCAAUUUUUGCUGUUGCUUUUUUUGUCUUUUUGUUUCUCUUCUGUUUGCUCCUCUUCUUCCUCCUCGUCCGUCCUUCCCACCUCGUUUGGCUCGUGGGCCUCCCUGUUCCACCCCCCUCCCCCCUCCCGCUCCCUGUGCCCACCCUCGUGCCCUCCAACACCGUGGCUGCCCGCUGCUUGUGACCGCACGGACGCCACGUUUCUGUCUCUGGACGCCCCCGGCGAGUCCGGACACACAACGCACGUGCACGCGCACGGACGCCGUGGUGCGCAACGGAAAGCCGCCCGCCUCGCACAGCAUGCACUCCUUCCUGCACCAGUACGCGGGCAGCCUGCGCAAGCCGCCCCUACGGAGGCCUCACAGCGUGACGGGUGGCCCCGUGCUGCCGGCCAACCUCUCCGUACCGCGGCACAGGGGCGAUGGCGGCGGCGGCGGCGACGGCGGUGACGCCGGGGUUGGCGACGCUGUCGGAGGAAACGGCGACGGCAGCAACAGCGUCAGCAGGCAUCACCUCGGCGUUGUGCACGAGAAUCUCAAGAUGGGCUCGGACGGGGAGAGCGAUCAGGCGUCGGGGACCUCGUCGGACGAAGUGCAGUCGCCCGUGCGCGUGCGCAUGCGGAACCACCCGCACCGGCGCAUCUCGCAGGAGGAUCUCAACAAGAGGUUAUCGCUCCCUGCCGACAUCCGGCUUCCCGAGGGAUACCUGGAGAAGAUGCAGCUCAACAGCCCGCCCUUCGACAAGCCGCUGAGCAGACGGCUCCGCAGGGCCUCGCUGUCGGAGAUUGGCUUUGGCAAGCUGGAAACGUACACGAAGCUUGACAAGCUGGGGGAGGGCACCUACGCCACGGUCUACAAGGGCCGCAGCAAACUCACCGACAACCUCGUCGCCCUCAAGGAGAUCCGCCUGGAGCACGAGGAGGGCGCGCCCUGCACCGCAAUCCGCGAGGUGUCCCUGCUGAAGGACCUAAAGCACGCGAACAUCGUCACGCUGCACGACAUCAUCCACACGGACAAGUCCCUCACGCUCGUCUUUGAGUACCUGGAAAAGGACCUGAAGCAAUACAUGGACGACUGUGGGAACAUCAUGCACAUGCACAACGUCAAGCUGUUCCUGUACCAGCUGCUGCGGGGCCUGGCGUACUGUCACAAGCGGAGGGUGCUACACCGGGACCUCAAGCCCCAGAACCUGCUCAUCAACGACAAGGGCGAGCUCAAGCUGGCCGACUUCGGCCUCGCCCGAGCCAAGUCUGUGCCGACCAAGACGUACUCGAACGAGGUGGUGACGCUGUGGUACCGGCCUCCCGACGUGCUGCUGGGCUCCACCGAGUACUCGACGCCCAUCGACAUGUGGGGAGUUGGGUGUAUAUUUUUUGAAAUGGCUGCGGGGAGGCCCCUGUUCCCGGGGUCUACGGUCGAGGACGAGCUGCUUCUCAUCUUCAGGAUGCUGGGGACGCCCUCGGAGGAAACGUGGCCGGCGAUUCUGUCGCACGAAGAGUACAAGGCCUACAAAUUCCCCAAGUGCAAGGCGGAGCCCCUCAUCAACCACGCCCCGCGGCUUGAUGCGGAUGGCCUGGAUCUGCUCUCGAAGCUUUUGCAGUACGAGGCGAGGCGGAGGGUGUCCGCCGAGGAGGGCAUGCGGCACCCGUACUUCAAGAGCCUCGGGGAGAGGCUGCACAAGCUGCCCGACGUUGUGUCGAUAUUCGCACUCAAAGAAGUGCAGCUGCAACGAGAUCUCGGUCACAGGACGACCCCGUACCACGAAGCAGCUUUCUCUGCCUCUCUUGAGAUGAGGCCUCUCUCCGCGGCUCAGUGCCACGCUCACAAGCACCUGGCAAACUGACGGGGAGGGCUCCCCCCCCCCCACAACGCGGGGCCCAAACGGCCAACGGCAAGAGCAGGCGGCAGAGCAUGCUGUUCUGAGACGUGGAGGGGGGACGCCGGGAGAGAGUGGCGGCCGUGGGCACGGCCGGAAGCCGCCGCCCGUGGCGGUGACGUCGCCCGGAGAGAGGUCACCUGGAGGGGGGCGGCACGUUGUGACGGUGACGGUGACGGUGACGAGGCGAUGGCGAUGAUUGCGGUGGAGGUUGAUGACGAUAAUGGCGAGGGUGGUGAUGACGACGAUGAUAUACUGUAUGGGGACGGCGGUGAGCGGCGUGAUGAUCCCUUCUCUACCUGCCUCGAGGAGGCCCCGGGUGCCGUGCACACAAACACCCCCCCGCCCCCCCCCCCUCCCUCCUGAGCAUGGUGGGUGGUGGGCACUCGGACUGUGCGUGAGCGGUGCAGAGCGUGUGGGUGUCGUGUGCUUCGUUUGUGAGCGGUGCAUUGUGUACAAGCGAUGCGUCGGUUGUGUGUGGAAGCAGUACGCACGUGUGACUGGUGGUUUGCCUGUGUAUUUGUACUCUGCGUAAGUGCUGUGUGUGUGUGGCGAGUGCCGGCAGUGUUUUGUGUCCCACUGAUUUGUCGUUCCCUGCUUGCAAAUCUGGCACCUGGGUUCCUUGAGCUUCCAUCCAAACGCGGUAUAAUAUUUCGCCAUCCUUUGUAGAUUUUCUUUUUUAUCUUUUUAUUUGCAAUGUAAUGUUUUGUAAAUUGUUCAGUUACUAGGUCGUAGGUAUUUGAUUUAUUUAAUUUAUUUGUAACCGUUUUGGUUUGCCCCUUUCUCCCCGUGUUCAGUCGGGGUUUCCUGGUUUUCAAUAACACUAGAACACGUGCUGGGUGCACAGUCGGUUUGCCCGUGUGCCUGCACUCCAGCGUGUGCAUGCGGGGGCUCACUUGCGCGUGUGUGCGCGUGGUUGCGUGCCUGCUCGUGUGCAUGUGCUUGUGUGUGUGUGUGUAUGGUAGUGUGUGGGGAGCGGUAGUGUAGUGGUUAGCGCGCUGCACUAAGAACCUGGCGACGCGGGUUCGAUUCCCGCUCACGGCCAGCACCAGUGACUAUUAUCUGAACCGGUCCUGGGCCUCCCAUAGGUCGACUCAGCCUCAAAUGAGUACCUGGUGCGGUGUGUAAACAUCGUCACUGGGGAGACAAAGGCGGCCGGGCGUGAUGCUGGCCACCCACCCCCUCGUGUGCCAUGCCGGCCUUCAUAGGUGCUCGCUAACAGCACUUGCCCUAACAGUCUGUUAAGGCUACAAGGGGCAUCUUUGUCUCUGUGCGGGUGUGUGUGUGCGAGCAAAUGUACGUGUUGUAUUUGUGUAUACCGGUGUGUGGAUGCACGUGGCUGUGUGCGUGUGCAUCGGCGAUCGUGUGUACCGUGUAUAUUUGAACUUGUGCGUACAUACACGGAUUGCAGCUUUGACCCUUUGUAGACUGUUUGGCCAGUUUGUGUUUAGAAGAAAACACGGAAAAUAAAAUAAAAAGUUUCCCUUCUCACCCACCCUGAGACACUCGCCCUCCUGUUGAGCCGCAGUGGAGAGUCGUGGGCGUGCUCGCUCGCGUUUGUAAUCUUUGUGAAAUAAAUCCCCGUAUUUUAUUGCAUUCGUUUGCUGCUUGUACAGUGAGACUGCUGACACUGGCAUUUUAAAUACCCGCGGCACCCCCCGCGGAGUUGCGCCAAGGCUUUCCGUGGAGAAAGAGGGAGGCGGAGUGUGCGUCCAGUUAAGGAUCGUUCCUGACGUUUCUAAGCAAUCGGAUGAAUGAGCGAAUGGAUGACGGAUGAUUUACGGAAAUGCGCAGAAGAAGAGGACUGUUGCUGCGCGUUUGAACCCGAUGAUUGUACAUUCUGUAAUUUGUACGUCCGUGUAAACGCGUCCGAAAGCAAUGCUCGUGUUUCGUUUAAACCACUGGCCGUGUCCCGUGCCAUGGGGCACUCGUCUGCCCCACCACGUUGGCUUUUGCCUCCCGGGAAGUGAUUGUGCAGCCGUGCGGAACUCGCCUGAGGGUCUCCCUUGCAGAGCUGGUCCAGAGAGAAUUUGAAUAAAAUGUUUAUUCUGGAUGGGGUUACAGAGCGCACCGCUUUCAAACAGAUUACGAGUCAAACUCCCCAUUGCGGGAUGCAACUCGGCCCGUCGGCAAUAUCCCGCUGGGUAACCUACGAUGCGUGUCGCGCUGUGGGAUGCUCACAGGUCGUACAGGCUGGCGCCUCCUGGCCACGUCGUGCGCGAAAGCCCCCCGGGCGUGACGCCUCCCUCGGCCAGGCCAGCGGGGACGCCCCGUUCCCUAACUCCGACAAGAGCCCACCGCCCCCCCCACAUAAAACCAGUGGGGCGGUGCCCGUGCACCCCACGCGCUCAAAACCUUCAUGGCUUGCAUCCUCAGGCCCACGUCGCAGCCGCAGAGCUUUCUCUGCCGGGUCACGGCGAACUUGCCUGGGUUGACAUGCACAGGGGAGGCGGGGCUGUAGGUGCGGCGCACGCACCAACGGACGGAUGCCUCGUGGUUGUCGGAAACGCGGGACGGAUCAAAUCAGGCCACGACUCGCCCAGCCCAGCCGAGCGUCUCAAUUGGAUGCAGUCUCGAGCAGACCAUGGACAUUCUGGAUCGGCGUAAAGUCUCGAUUAAACGCAUUUCUUGGUUGGGCAAUCUCCGUGCAGAAAACGGGUCUCCGUUGAACACGGCCACGAUCAGUCUCGAUUGGCUGACUUGUUAGCGCCGUACCGGCACGGCUCGUGCCCCGAGUGAUCCCGUGCCAGGGUUGAAUAGUGGAAGUUAUUUUGAGCUCUGUCCUAAUUAGACGAUCGAGCCUGCCAGGUAGGACGCAUCGAGCGAAGCGUCUUCCGCUGGGCGAGUCGACGCAACAGCUGAGCAGGCCCGCUCCAGUUUUUUCCGUUUUUGUCAAGUUGAAAAAGUUGUUCACGACCCCCAUUAAUGGAAUGAGAAACUUCUUGUCAACCUACCGAGCGAUUAUUCCCGACUUAAGUUGCUGGGCACAGUUGGUGCGUGUGUCCGCACGCACCCCGGUCCCCUCCCAAGCAGGGAGGCCGUUGCACCCUGGCCCAUUCUCGUUCUGUUCUUCCUGCCCAAAGUAGCGAAGUUUAUUCAAGAGAAACGUUCAGAAUGACACAGAUGAUAUAAUUAAACCUCCACGAAGAAAUAUUUCUCACUGCAGAACAGGACAAAUAUUUGCACAGCCUUAUUUAGUUUUGCAUCGAAUAAAUGUAACAUGUUAAUGAGCAGCAAUGAGACUUCUGUUCGUAGUUUUUCUCUUCUGAUUGGAAACCCAGUGACGAGUGAACGCGCGGAUCUGUGCUGCGUGGGGCGACGCCGCUUCAGCUACUGAGUUUUUAUUCUCCAGCAAUUCGACUUCAUCGUUGUGUUUCAUUCAUUGAACAAUUGAGAGCCCCCCCCCCCCCCCCCCCCCCCCCCCCGUGAUGCCAUCGACGGGGCGACGUCUCGGAUGAACGUUUGCUUUUUGCAUCGCGUUGGCUUCCCGUCGACGUGUUGUUGGUGUGACGAUGGCGGGGGGCGACUUGUGGCCUUAGAGUAGCGGACCCCCCCCCCGAGGCAGCGGCUACCGUGGCGAGGGCACAGAGAUGAGACGCGCCCCCCCCCCCCCCCCCCCCCAUCGUUAACGCGAAACGCGAAGCUGGUUUUAUUUCUCAUUCUUG